AUGACUUCUCUUACUGUCGAGUUGAAGACGCCCGUCACCGGUCCGUAUCAGCAGCCCAUCGGCCUGUUCAUCAACGGCAAGUGGGUUGAGAGUGUUGACAAGAAGAAGCUCGAAGUUGUGAACCCUUCAACCGAAGAGGUCAUCGUUUCGGUCUACGAGGGCACUGAGAAGGACAUCGACCUCGCUGUCGACGCAGCUCGAGCUGCCUUUGACGGGGUCUGGAAGACCACGGCACCCGAGCAACGAGGCAUUCUGCUUAACAAGCUGGCCGAUCUUGCCCAGCAAAACAAGGAGUUGCUUGCUGCAGUCGAAUCGCUUGAUAAUGGAAAGUCGAUCAACAAUGCGCGUGGGGACGUGGACGGUGUGAUCGGCUGUCUGCGAUACUACGCUGGCUGGGCCGAUAAAAUUGAGGGAAAGACGAUCGAUAUUGCCCCGGACAUGUUUCACUAUACCAGGUCGGAGCCGAUUGGUGUUUGUGGGCAAAUCAUCCCGUGGAACUUCCCGCUUUUGAUGUUUGCAUGGAAGAUCGGACCAGCUCUCGCAACCGGAAAUACUGUUGUCAUGAAGACGGCCGAACAAACGCCUCUGUCUGGUCUAGUGUUCACACAAUUCAUUCAGCAGGCUGGAUUCCCUCCUGGUGUUUUCAACCUUGUCACCGGAAUUGGUAGAGUUGCCGGAGCAGCUCUCUCUUCUCACAUGGGCGUCGACAAGAUCGCGUUCACAGGCUCGACUGUUGUUGGUCGACAGAUCAUGAAGGCCGCAGCUGCAUCUAACCUCAAGAAGGUUACGCUGGAGCUGGGCGGCAAGUCUCCCAAUAUCGUCUUCAAUGAUGCUAAUCUUGAAGAAACCGUUGAUUGGGUUAACUUUGGCAUCUACUACAACCACGGACAGAUCUGCUGCGCGGGCAGCCGAAUCUAUGUUCAAGAAGGCAUCUACGACAAAUUCCUUGAGGCUUUGAAGAAGCGCGCAGAGGCGAACAAGGUCGGCGACCCGUUCCAGGAGGAGACUUUCCAAGGGCCGCAAGUCAGCCAGCUUCAGUAUGACCGGGUCAUGUCUUAUAUUGAUUCCGGUCGUACCGAAGGCGCUACCGUGGUCACCGGCGGCUCUCGUCUCGGUGACAAGGGCUACUUCAUCCAGCCCACCAUCUUCUCCGAUGUUCGACCUGACAUGAAGAUUAUGCAAGAGGAGAUCUUUGGACCUGUCUGCUCCGUUGCCAAGUUCAAGGACGAAGCGGAGGCCAUUCGACUCGCCAAUGAUUCAACCUACGGAUUGGCUGCUGGCGUCCACACCCAGAACCUCAACACUGCAGUCCGCGUUUCGAACGCUCUACAGGCCGGCACUGUCUGGAUCAACUGUUACAACAUGAUCCAUUGGGCUUUGCCAUUUGGAGGAUAUAAAGAAUCCGGCAUCGGCCGGGAGCUUGGAGAAGCUGCGCUUGAAAAUUAUACACAGUCAAAGUCAGUUGCCGUUCGUUUGGGUUAA